CUUCUUCUUCUUCUUCUUCCUCCAUCUCCUUUCCCCUCCCUGGGGGACUUGGGACUCAUGCCCUCUCGGGAUCCUUGACUUUCUUGAUUGAUCUUGGAUGAUUCAAUUUGGUCCUAGGUUUAGCUCUCUUCUUGCGACUGAUCCCGCGAGUCGCCUACGGCGGGCAGGUUCAGAUCCAGCAAAUGCUCGAAGAGAAGACACCAGCAGGCUACAACAAUUGACCGCUUGUGAGAUCAAUCUCAGUACCGAUAUGCCGGGCUGGAGAUAUGCCUUUGCUUUGUCGAAGGAUGCGGUCAAAGCCGCUACGCCGCCGGGAACGGUGAGGCUUAUCGAGCACAAAAAACGACCACUAAAAGACCACGACCGACCACCACAAGACACUCGUAGCACCCCAUCCCCGGAACUCGACCUCGCCAAGUUCCCCAUCCCAACCUCCGACCCUUCCGACCCCCUCAACUGGGCUCGCUGGCGCAAACUCUCGUGCCUCUGCACCCUCUGCAACUACGCCUUUGUCUGCUCAUUUGCCUCGGCCUCGCUCGCACCUGCCCUAGCCAUAUGGAACGCAUCCUUCCCCUACGACCCUCGAGGGAUGGGAGACCUCAGCCGGUUCACUGCUCUCAAUGUGCUCCUGUUAGGAUUGGGCAACAUCGUGUUCGUGCCGCUGGCGAACGUGUUUGGGAAACGGAUCGUGCUGGUGUUGAGCGCGUUGACGCUGUUCAUCGCGACGGUUUGUGGCACGAGAGAUUUUGGGUUGGGGAUGUAUGAGAAUGUGUUGGUCAUUCGGAUCUUUCAGGGGCUGGGGAGUAGUGUGUCGGAGACUGUUGGGCCGGCAGUGGUGGGCGAUAUGUUUUUUGUGCAGGAGAGGGGCGGGUGGAUGGCUCUGUAUACCGCUUGUCUCGCCAGCGGAUCGGUGAUAGGCGGGAUAUCCGGAGGGUACAUUGCCACGAGAUACGGAUGGUUCGGAAUCUUUUGGGUGACUGCCGUUUUGGCGGGAGUGGCGUUCCUGGCGAUGGUGUUCUUGGUUCCGGAGACGCUCUUUGAAAGGGGCCCGUUGUGUUUUCCGACUAUUGCAACUGAUACUCCGAAGGGGAGGAGCCAACGUCAUCGACAUCGAAACCACGACGACAUUGCCGAGGAAGAAAAGGAGAUUGAGGGUGGUGGUAAUGACGACCGCAACCGAAGAUCGAGCGUUCGACGAUACUACUACCAGCCGACUCCCACACCAUAUCUCAGUUUGGGUACUUUGCCGUCCAUACGAAUGACCAUGCCGUCGCGGUUUAUUACCUCCGUCUAUACCCCGCUGAACAUCAAUACGAAUCAACCUCAGUACUUCCGGGACUACUGGGACCCACGUCUGGGGCUGACUUGGUACGAAACAGCUUCCGAAUCUGAUGAGUCUGAGGAGAGGUUCUCGAUGGCUCCUCAUGGGAGGGAAUCUUCGAUGCCGCCGACGGUUCUACGUCCACCACCGACUGCUGCGCAAGGAGGACGUGAAGCUGCUGCUGGCGGCCUCCCACCACCUCCUACUCGUGGAGGAAUAGCAGCACGACGAGCCACCGCCCGAGGAGGCCCUCGCUACCGCCUCUACCCUCCCUCCGAUAUCGAUACCCACCCAAUCGGCGGCCGAGGCGGCAACCAAAACCGUCCGAUCCUCCGCAACCCCGAAGGCAACGCCAACGGACGACUCUCGAACCGUUUCCCAUCACUCGGCCCCUUCGCCCCCCUCAACCGCGACUCCGAGGCCUUUUCCAUUCCUUCCUCAGAUCCAUCCACCCACUACGAACCCUACACCUACCUUCGCUCCCUCCGCUUCUUCCCACGCCAGAGGCCCCACCCACCCCCCAACCCUUUCGACCCAGCUGCGUUGAACCCCUUUCCUGACCCAUCUCCUUACUCGCCAUACUCCCCCAACUUCAACUUCCCCAAACCUUCCUUUUCCAAGGCCAAUGACCCCUCAAGCCCCCGCCACCGACACAACCUAGCCCGGUUUCCCUUCCCAGCAAAGAAGAAGUCACUGUUCCAACACUUUAUUUCCCCCCUGUUAACGCUGCGUCUACCAUCGGUAUGGGUAGCCACCCUCCAAUGCUCCGCCCUCGUCGGGUCCGCAGCCGUCAUGUCCACCCUCGGCGCAUCCCUGCUGGCCUCGCCGCCCUAUAACUGGACCGUCUCCCACUCGGGCCUGUUGCUGUUCAGCGGCGCGUUGAUCGGGAUUAUUCUUGGAGGACUUUAUGCGAGCGUGUUGGCGGAUGAGAGGACGAAGGUCAAGGCCGUCGCGGGCGCGGGUGCGGGUACGGGUACCACCAAACGGGCUUCAAACAACAAAAGGACAAGAGGAGGAGGAGAGAUACAUGGACUCGGAAGCGGUGGAAGCAGGAGCAGGAGGGGGGGAAGAAGGACCGCCGGUGGGGGUGGGGGGAAGAAGACGGAGAGGGUCAAGAGCUGGGGAGAGAGAUUGUUUGGUGGUACUGGUGGGAACAGUGUCUAUGGAUAUGCGGAAGCGGAAAGCAGGUUGGUGGUUGCGUUGCCGGGGCUGGUGAUUGCCACGGGGGGGUUGUUGGUUUGGGGAUUUUGUGGCGAGUAUGGACCUGCUUUGAACGCGGCUGCGGCUGCUGCUGCUGCUGCUGCUGCGGCUGGGAAUAGCACGGUACCUGGGAAUGUCACGGCGCCGGCUGUGGGACCGGGACUGAGCAGUGGAAAUGGAGGAGGAGGGUAUGGAGUGAAUAGGUAUAGUUGGCUCGGGUUGGUGUUUGGGUUUGGCAUGGUCAGCUUUGGGGUUGCCGGGGUACCGGGGGUUUGGUUUAAUUAUCUCAUUGACUCCUACGCCAACCUCGCCUCCGACUGCUUCGUCAUGAUCUGCAUCUCGCGCGGCCUCAUCCCCUUCGCCUGGACCUUCUUUAUCAGCGAAUGGGUUGCAAAGCAAGGGUAUUUGAUACCCUUUGGCGGCGGGUUGACGGUGAUCUUGGGUGUGUUUUCUCUGUUGUUGAUACCGGUUAUUUGGUACGGAAAGAGGAUGAGGAUUGCUACGGCUAGGUUUGUUGUUGGGAAUCAGUGAUAGGGGUGGUGAGAGUGAUACGGGGACACGGGGACACGGGGUUGGAUGAUGGAUCUGGGCGUGUGAGGUUGAAGAGGUUGAAGAGGUGCUUGUCGGAAGGCUUCUUAUUCG